GCCCGGGCGCCGCGGCCCCUUUGUGAGGCCGCCGCUCGCGGCGAGGUCGAGAGCCCGCCCCGGCCGCUCGGCCGCCGGGCGAGGAGGGCUGUGUUUUCUCUGAACACUGCUCAGAGAGGAGCCAGAAGGAGGAGGGCAGAAGAGCUGUCUUAAUUUCUUAAAGCCAUGUCCGAGGAUCUGGUGACAUUUGGGGACGUGGCUGUCGAUUUCUCCCAAGAGGAGUGGGAAUGGCUGAACCCUGCUCAGAGGAGUCUGUACAGGACGGUGAUGCUGGACAACUACAGGAGCCUGGUAUCGCUGGGAGUUUCGGUCUCUAAGCCAGAUGUGAUCUCAUUACUGGAGCAAGGAAAGGCGCCCUGGAUGGUGGAGGAGGAGGAGCCGAGGGGAGCGUGCCCUGACUGGGAGUAUGCAUUUAAAAACAAGGAGUUUCCAUCAAAGCAAGUUAUUUAUGAAGAAUCAUCCAAAGUAAUCAUGAUGGGAAGAAGCCAUCUUAGUUAUAACCUCAACUGCUCCAGUUGGAGAGGGGACUCUAAAAGGACGGACUGGUUUAAGAACCAGUUGGGAACUCGGGAGGUACAUGCUAGUCAGCUGAUCAUCACUCACGGAGAAAUCCGAAAUGAGGAUCACAGUAAUGAAUAUACUAAGUCCUGGCAAACUUUCCAUCAGGAUACAAUCUUUGAUAUAAAGCAGAAACGUAAUAAGCAUGAGCCACAAAAGAGAAGUUACCGGAAAAAACCUGUCGAGAUGAAACGUAAGAAAGUCUAUGUAGAAAAGAAACUCUUGAAAUGUAAUGAAUGUGAGAAGGUGUUCAACCAGAGCUCAUCUCUCACUCUUCAUCAGAGAAUUCAUACUGGAGAGAAGCCCUACGCGUGUGUCGAAUGUGGGAAAACCUUCAGUCAGAGUGCAAACCUAGCUCAACAUAAGAGAAUCCACACUGGAGAGAAACCCUAUGAAUGUAAGGAAUGCAGGAAAGCCUUCAGCCAGAAUGCCCACCUUGCUCAACACCAGAGAGUUCACACUGGAGAGAAACCUUAUCAGUGUAAAGAGUGUAAAAAAGCCUUCAGCCAGAUUGCACAUCUGACUCAACACCAGAGAGUUCAUACUGGAGAGAGACCUUUUGAAUGUAUUGAGUGUGGAAAGGCCUUUAGUAAUGGUUCAUUUCUUGCUCAGCAUCAGAGAAUUCACACCGGAGAGAAACCUUAUGUGUGUCAUGUGUGUGCGAAAGCCUUUAGCCAUCGUGGAUACCUAAUUGUACAUCAGAGAAUUCAUACAGGAGAGAGACCCUAUGAAUGUAAGGAAUGUAGGAAAACCUUCAGCCAGUAUGCACACCUUGCUCAACACCAGAGGGUUCACACUGGAGAGAAACCUUAUGAAUGUAAAGUAUGUAGGAAAGCCUUCAGCCAGAUCGCGUACCUUGAUCAACAUCAGAGGGUUCACACUGGAGAGAAACCCUAUGAGUGUAUCGAAUGUGGGAAGGCCUUUAGCAACAGUUCGUCACUUGCACAACAUCAGAGAAGUCAUACCGGAGAGAAACCUUACAUGUGUAAGGAAUGUAGGAAAACGUUUAGCCAGAAUGCAGGCCUUGCUCAGCAUCAGCGAAUUCAUACUGGAGAGAAACCUUACGAAUGUAACAUUUGUGGGAAAGCCUUUAGCUACAGUGGGUCUCUAACUCUACAUCAGAGAAUUCAUACAGGAGAAAGACCCUAUGAAUGUAAGGACUGCAGGAAAUCUUUCAGGCAGCGAGCACACCUUGCUCAUCAUGAGAGAAUCCACACUAUGGAAUCAUUCUUGACUCUUUCCUCCCCCUCAGCCUCUAUGCCCAGUCAGCUGCCAAGACCUGUAGGCUUUAUCUCCUAAAUAUGCCUUGAAUCUGACUCCAUUAAUCCAUUUCCAUUCUGUCAGUGUUUGUCCAAUACACGAUAAUCUAUUUGACACAGACUAUGGGAAGGGCUUUCUAACCCAUCCCCCUGUAUUCCUGUUAGUAAUCCAUACUGCAGUCAAACUUGUAUUUAAAGAGUCUGACUAUAUCACUUCUUCAUUAAAACCGUUCACUGGCAUCCCAUAGGGCUUAGGUCAAGGUGCACAUCACUCAAAAUAGCCUAAAAGACCCCUGCCCCCCAAUACCUUGUCCCACUUUACAUUUCAGAGUCCCAUUUCCUGUGACUGUCUCAUUCCUGGGCUACUGAUCAAAAUUCAGAAUUCAUAUUGCAGCAACAACUAGAUUGGGGUUCCAGUUCUUAAUGUUCCAUCUUCUAGCCCUCUAAUUCUGGAGAAACAUUUUGUUCCUUGUAAGCAUCUUGUCUUUUUAUUUCUAUUAUAGAAAUAAUAAUGGUACUACCUCAAAAGUUAAUGGGAGGAUUAAAUGAGAUAAUGCAUGUAAAUUGCUCAGCACAGUGCCUAGCAUAAUCAAUAAAUAUUAAUGUAAAAUAAAAAGGUAACUGUAU